GGUAACAGAAAAUGUUGAAGCCAAUUUUUACAUUCACCUUCGUGCUGUUAGCAUGUUCUUUGACAAAAUGUGCAAAGCCACAAGAAAAUAAUAGGGAUAUUAAUAACAGUGAUAACAUGAAGAUGGAUAUGGGAUCAAAUAUGAAUAUGAAUGAUAAAAUGAACCAGGAUGACAUGAAAGUAGACCCAUUGGCUGUUAUGGCUGAUUGCAACGAUACCUUUAGAAUUGAAAUGUCAUACCUUCAAGCGCUGAACGAUAGCGGUAGUUUUCCAGAUGAAACCGAUAAAACACCUAAGUGCUUCCUUCGUUGCGUGUUGGAGAACACGAUGGUGGCUUCAGAAGAUGGGAUUUAUAACCCGGUUCAGACAGCGUCGGUCUUCGCUGGAGAACGAGGAGGGAAAGUCAUGGAUGACUUAGAGGAGAUGGCCACCACGUGUGCUGCGAGAGAUGAAUCCUGCAAAUGUGAGAGAGCUUAUCAAUUCUUGAAAUGCUUGAUGGAAAAAGAAAUUGAAAAAUAUGAAAACACCGAAUGAUAAUGUUUACUUUGAUAACAUUCCGACUAUAUUAUCCGGCUAAAUAAAUGAACAUUCUAAAUAAGUUAUUCAAUAAAAAGU